UCCUCCAAUCAGAGCGCGCCUGAGACACACACGCGUGCGCUGCGUGAUGGGCCGUGCGUGUGCGCGCGCGCGCGUCCGUUCGGCGCUGCGGAGCUGCGCUGCUUCAGGUGCGGCUCGUGAAGGUUACGGGGACGCGCUGUCGGCUCUCACAGGAACUCUGCUAAUGUCACAACAGCUUCCACAGUAAGCUUUCACUCCUUGUCUUGGAGUGCCUUCACCCGAGAACCAUGCAUCAUCUCACGCCUCUCCUGCUCGCUCUGUCCCUCGUACUCUCCUCCAGUCCUACGUGUGGUGAAACUGCUGGCAUCUUUGACGAAUCCUCAGGCUAUGGACCCGUGUUUGAGGAGCAGCCAGUUGACACCAUCUACCCCGAGGAGUCUCAAGAAGACAAGAUAAUCAUGAGUUGCCGAGCACGAGCCAGCCCACCUGCCAUAUACAAUUGGAGGCUGAACAACAUGGACAUCGACAUCUCGGACCAGGCUAACGUCCAUUACAGCCUGAUGGGGGGAAAUCUGGUCAUCAACAGACCUGAUAAGAGCAUUCAUGUUGGCAACUACUCCUGCCUGGCAACGAACAAGUUCGGCACCGUCAUCAGUCGAGAGGCGUCCGUCCAGUUUGGAUAUUUAGACAUGUUUUCAACAGAGGAAAGAGAAGCUGUGCGUGUGAAGGAGGGUCAGGGAGUGGUGCUCUUAUGUGCUCCUCCUCCACAUUACCCAGAUGAUCUUACUUUCCGCUGGAUGCUAAACGAAUUUCCCAUCUUCAUCCCGCUGGAUAAGAGACGCUUCGUCUCUCAGACCACAGGAAAUCUCUAUAUCGCUAAAGUGGAGGCUUCCGACAGUGGGAACUACUCCUGCUUCGUCUCCAGCUUAUCCAUCACGAAGAGUGUCUUCAGCAAGUUUAUCCCUUUAGUCCCACAGACUGAGAGAGGUAUUCUUCGGAAGUACGCGGCCGAUAUAAAAGUGAAGUUUCCAGACACGUACGCUCUCGUUGGCCAGAACAUCACCCUGGAGUGUUUCGCAUUAGGAAAUCCCAUUCCCCAGAUCAGAUGGAGGAAGGUGGACGGAGUGCUGCCAGUCCAUCAUGAGAACAGCAUGACAGGUGGACAUUUGCACCUCUAUAACGUGCAGUACGAGGAUGAGGGGGUAUACGAGUGUGAGGCGGUCAACUCUAAAGGCAAAGACUGGCACAAAGCAAACCUUUAUGUUGAAGCUGCUCCGGAGUGGGUGGAGCACAUCAGCAGCAGCGAGAGGGACAUCGGCAGUGACUACACCAUGUCCUGUGUAGCCAGCGGGAAACCCAAGCCUCACGUAUACUUCUUGAAAAACGGCCAAAAGCUUGGCAGGCAUGAGUCUCACUUUAAAGACCUGACAUCUGAUGACUCAGGGAUGUACCAGUGCAUCGCUGAGAACCGGCAUGGAGUGAUCCAGGCCAACGCUGAGUUGCGAGUCUUCGUGGGUGCUCCUUCGUUCGAGUUCAACCCAGUUAAGCAGAGGCUGCUGGGAGCAAAGAAUGGGCAUGUGGUGAUUGAGUGCAAACCAAAAGCAGCACCCAGACCUACGCUUUCCUGGAGCAAAGGCACAGAACUGCUUUCCAAUUCCAGCAGGAUUUUCAUUUGGGAGGAUGGGAGUCUGGAGAUCCGCAACGUUACCAAGUCAGACGAGGGGAAGUACACAUGCUUUGCUGAGAACGACAGAGGCAAAGCCAACAGCACUGGAUCUCUGUCAGUUACAGAUGCCACUAAGAUCACGCUGGCUCCCUCUAACACCGACGUGAGCGUGGGCGAAAACACUAGGAUGCAGUGUGCUGCGUCACACGACUCGAGCCUCGACAUCACCUUCAUCUGGUCACUUAACGGCCAUGCCAUUGACUUUGACAAGGAGGCAGAGUACUACCUGCACACUGUUGAUAGUCAGGCAGGUAUAUCUAGCUGUGAGCUGCUGAUUAAGAACACUCAGCUGAAGCAUGCAGGCCUCUACACCUGCACAGCCCAGACACCUGUGGACAAUGUCACUGGCUCUGCUGAGCUGGUAGUAAGAGGGCCUCCAGGAGCUCCUGGAGGAGUACGUGUGGAGGAGGUUGGGGUAAGAUCUGUGAAGCUUCUUUGGAGUCAUGGAACAGAUAAUCACAGCCCCAUAUCCAAAUAUACCAUCCAAUACAGAGAGACUAAAACUGAAGAGGAAUGGAAAGAUGCUGUAACCUCUCCUCACAAUGUGGAAGGAAAUGCAGAGAUGGCCACAGUAGUUGAUCUGUUUCCUUGGACUGAAUAUGAGUUUCGGGUCAUCGCUACAAACACUCUGGGUACAGGAGAACCGAGUGAGCCAUCAAGCAAAUCCACCACAGUGGAAGCGGCUCCUAUGGUGGCACCCUCGGAUGUAGGAGGAGGUGGGGGAACGGGUAGAGAGCUCACCAUCACAUGGACGCCUGUUCAGCCACAAUACUACUACGGAAGUAACUUUGGCUACAUUAUCGCAUUUAAGCCUCACGAUAGCAAUCAGUGGCAUAGAGUGACCAUAGCUGACCCUCGUGCAAAUCGCUACAUCCACAAAGACCCAUCUAUUCCCCCAGCCACAAAGUUUGAUGUGAAAAUAAAGGCCUUCAACAGUAUAGGAGAGGGACCCUACAGCCUCACUGCUGUUAUAUACUCUGCUCAGGAUGCCCCCUCAGCAGCUCCCACCAUUGUAGAUGCCAGAACCCUGUCAGCGACGGAGGCCAUUGUGUGGUGGCGUCCACUCACGCAACAGACAGUUGAAGGCUAUCAGGUGAGGUACUGGAGGAAAUCCUUGGAGAACGAGGCGUCAGCACAGCGCAUCUCCAGCAGAGAGAAUCAGACACGCCUGGACAACAUGAAGCCGAACUCCCGUUAUGUUAUAGAAGUGCGUGCAUUCAACGGUGCAGGUUACGGACCUGCGAGCAACAGAUACGAGAUCUAUACAAAGAAAGCACCUCCAAGUCGACCACCAAAAAUAAUCGGCACAAGGGUAAAUUCCAGCGGAACCUUGGUCAACGUUGCCUGGCAGCGUGUGGAGGCUUUAGCCAAUGAGUCUUCUGUGGAUAGCUACAAGGUCCUGUAUAGACAGGAGGGUCAAAGCACCGGGACACUGUACACUACAAAUAAGGAGUCCAUAGACCUGCCCGUUCCCAAAGAUGGAGAUUAUCUAGUGGAGGUGAGGGCACAGAGCAAGGGAGGAGAUGGAGCUGUGGCUCAAGUGCGCAUCUCAGCCGGAGGAGUCUUGUUAGCUCCAUCUCUGAGCCUAUGUGUCCUACUCCUGGUGGCAUUGCUCAGCCUGACUCUCUGAAUGUAGCGCCGUCUCUCCUCUGCCUUCACUCCACACAGUGAAGAGGACUCUCACUGGAUGACGCCUUACAGGACUCUAAUUCUACAAAUUCCUAUGCUCAACAAUGAAUAUUCCCAACCUGGACUGAGCUACGUUGGAAGAAAAGACAAUGCGGAAAUAUAGAAAGGACGAGGAUGUAAAGGAUUGUCUUAUUCAGUAUCGACUUAACCACGAAGCAGCGUCAUAAGAGUUCUCUCUUGUUCAGUAUGCCUUAUAAUAUCUCUUACCCUGCUCAUGGCUGCUUGUGGGUAGAGUGACAUCUGUAUUUCACAAUUUACAGCACACACAUCGAAAAGGCUCUUUCAGCUUUAAUUUGAUUUAAAUUGGCUGCUCUUUCGGUAGCAUCAAGAUUCCUCUCAAUUGAAUUCAUAAUUUUGUUUCUGCAGUGUGCUCCGUACCCGCAAGUGACAUUUGAUGAGAGAUCGGCUAUAAGAGUGUCUGAUAGUUAGUUUGCAAUUCAGUGGAUCUCCUUUUUCUUUUCGUUUUCGAGCUAAAAUGCUUUUCUUGGUGGAUACAGUCAAAGCAAACUCCUCUGCUACUCCUCUGACUCAACACGAACUAAACAAGCUUACACAGAAUAGAAAAUAUAGCAAUUUAUUUCAAGCUAGUAUAUGUAUAUGCAAUAAUUUAUAAGCUAUCUAUAAGCUUUCUUAAUAUAUUUCAAUAUUUCUUUGGUCAUAUUAACAUAUCAUUAAUAGAAAGAUUAUUUUACUUUAAAUAUAUGAUUUCAAAGCCCUUAAAUAAAGAAAACGAACAUCGUGAAGUAAGAGAGAUGUGCGCUUAUAGCCUCUGUGGACUGAACGAGGAUCAUCAGGGGUUUUAAAAAAAUGUAAAUAUAUAUCUUAAUUGCUGAAAUUCUGUGCUGAGGAGUUAUUGUGUUUGUAUGUGAACUGUAUGUGUAGGAUACAUAUCCAAACCACAGUUUUAACCCCAAACCAGAUGAGUAUCGGGUGUGUGUGUGUGUGUGUGUGUGUACAUGUGCUUGUGAGUGAACUGUGGCAUGAAAAUCCACGUCAUGGGCCAUAAUCUGGAUCAGGGCUGUUGAUUCAGUAAAAUAAUCUCUGAUCAUCACUCAUAAUUCAAGGAACUUCAUUAGUGCUCCAACCAAAAUGCGCUGCAGCAUAAGGAAAACUUUUUGUUUUGACUGUAUCUUGGAAUUCUUUGCCGUUUAGAAUGGGGUUUGUGGGUUAAAGAAAUGAGAGAAUUUUAUUUUUAUUUUUCAUGUUCCAAGUAACAGUUGUAUGGCAGGUGUAAGGUGCAGACUGACUGAACAGGCUUAAUGCUAUUAACUUAACAUUAAAAAAAAAAAGAAACAAGCAUUUCGUUCUGAACUGAGGAAUGCAGAAACAUUAUAAACACUAUUUUGACUGUCAUAUGAUUCAUAUCAUUUCUGUGUGACACUGAUCGUAUUGGACGUGCAAACAAUUUAUUGCUAAAUGCUUUUGUAACCCAUUGUCUUUUCACAUAGAAACCGAUACCGACCUGUCCAGCAUAACUGCAUUUAUUUGUUAUUAAGAAGUGUUAAGAUUUGUUGCUUGUUUGGUAGAUCCUUUAACUAAAAAAAACAUUAAAAAAAUCCAUAUGACGAUAUUUUCUGAGAACAAAAUACGUUCAAUGUUCAUGCCAUAUCACCACAAAUAGACCCUUUGUACUUCUGUAAGAACAGGAUAUCUCCUUUUUUUAUGUCCCAGGCUAAUUUAAUGUAAUUUCUUGCUUUUGUUUUAUUAUGUGGAACGUAUAUUGGAUGUUGACCUCUCAGAUGGACUGUCUGUGUGCAUUUAAGCAUUUGCUUCAUCAUUUUUUUUUUUUUUUUAAUAUUCAGAGACCACCACAAAGUGCUUUCUCUUUCCCUGUUUACUUCAGGCAACAGCAUCAUCAAUGUAGAAAAAAAAAAAAAGCCAAAUGCAUGAAAGCCUUUAACUUAAUUAUUGCAAUCAGCAAUUAUUUGGAGUGCUAUGGUACGCCCUCAGAAGCAUGAUCUGGAAAUGAAUGGUUCAUUCCAGUUGCAUUAGAACGCCAUACUCAUUUGCGAUGAAGGUGACUCAUGUAACUCAGCUUCUUCUGAUCUGCCUCUGUCACUCAAUAAAAAAAAAAGUGUGUUCAGGCUGAAUGACAGGUUGUGUAGAUGAACUGUAACCCGUGAGUCAUUAUCUGCUUCAUUGAAGCCAGUCUUCUCAAUUAAAGUUUAUAAAGACAAACCCAA